GAUUUCAGGAGGUACCUGCCCAGAGAAGUCUCGUUGACCGAGGAUCAGCACGAGGCGGCUUUGGAUAGGUUCUUCAGGUAUUACGCUCCUUGGGGUCAGCGAACGCACCCGAUCUUGUUCCGAGAAGACAUGGCCCUAGCUCUUUCUUCCGAGACGCCCAUCAAGACUCCGCACUAUUCACCCAUGCUACACAACGCUAUUCUGGCUAUCGGCCUCUGUUACUGUGACGAACCGCACCUCCGUACGCCCGCACUGAGAAAGGUCUUUGUCACGGAAGCGAAAAAACAUCUAGAGACCGAGGGGAUGAACCCGUCGGUCGCGACCGUUCAGGCGUUGGCGCACUUGGCUUCGGGACACAGUGUGGAUGCCGAGCAUAAUUUGGGGUGGCUGUAUAUCGGCAUGGCACUGAGGUGUGCUCUGGCUCUCGGACUGAAUAUGGACAACACGCCAAUGUUGAAGAACGGCAAGAUCACCGAGGUUCAGGCUCGGGAGCGUAAUGUCACAUAUUGGACGGCGUUCAUCCAGGAAGGCUUGUGGGCACCUUACAUCGGACGGCCGGUCUACGUCCCGGACUGCACGACCCCCGCUCCAACCGUAGACGAGCAACUAGACAACCUGAUCUGGAUUCCGCACGAUAUUCCAGGCAGAGUAGUGGAGCUCUCUUUGAAACCGCAACCGAGCAUGGUCAGCUCGACCUUUGUCGAAACCGUCAAGUUGAUGGAGAUCGGGGCGCGAAUCAUGAACACCCUAUACGGGAUCAAGACGGAUAUCGCCACUUUGACCCGGUCAGGAGUGAUCAGCGAAAUCAGUCUGGCACUAAGCACAUGGCUCGAGAAGCUACCACCUACGCUGGUCUUGAAUAGUCACUCUGCGAAACACGCGCUUCCUCACAUCUUGAUGAUGCACCUGAGUUGGGCAUGGCUGGUCAUCCUUUUGCAUCGACCGUUCUACCGACCGUUCGCGGGUUUGCCUGGGAAGGACACCAAGUCGCCAAAUUCCGCUGGGUACAAUGCGGCAUUGGCACACUGCGACCGCGCUGCUAUACAGAUCGUCGCGCUCUUGCAGACCUGGCACAGGCUCCACGACCUUCGGUUCACUCCACCAACCGCGUUGCAGUGCUGCUUCGUGGCGGGCACUACCCACCUCUUGUCGUUUGCGACAUCGCGCACGGAAAAGAAGAAGACGGACGCCUUGAACCGCGCACAAGACUGCAUCAGGCUGAUGAGCUACAUGGCUGUUAGCUGGCCAGCAGCGCAGCAGAAGCAAAAGUUCCUUGAGGAUCUCUUGGUCGAAUACGGAAUGACCGCCAAGACGCGAUCCGGUGGAAACACACCGACGGAAACGGCACUGCGAAAGGAGGCACGAGUCCAGCCGCCCGUCGUCGUCAAGAUCGAACCGCAGACGAUGCCAGCUAUGCAGCAGUCGUCUGGACCAUCAGCGCCCAUGCAAAUGCCGACAUUCCACCAGCAGCAGCAGGACCCACCGAUGAUGACGAAUUUCAACAACAUGUCCCAAAGCUCCAGCUAUAUCGACCCCAUCCUGGCGGUACAACACAUGUCCAUGUCGUCGAACAACCCGGUCAACAUGUUCCAGCCGACGCCGCAGCAACAACAACAGCCGCCACAGUACUCGGGCGGCAAUGUCGGUCAGAGCAUGAACAGGUAUGUAGACGUAGCGAGCCUCCUCAUGAUUGAGAGACUGACCCAUGGCUUCUCUUCGCAGUCAAUCGAUGCUUCAACCCAACCAGCCCAUGUCAGCCGUUAA